GUAAAAAAUAGAAACUUCCAAGAUGGCCGAGUCCGUGGACUCCAUGCAUUUCGCAGCAAACAGCAAAACAAAUUCCCCCAAACCCAUGAUAGCGAAGCGGCCACCGGAGAGUCGACCGCAGCCAUCCAGCGAUAUUUACCCACCGCCGCCCAAGAAGGUCCGGCUGGAGGAGAAGGGCCUGAAGCACGGGAAACUGAACGGGGAGUUGUGCGCAGGGGAAAAACACAACGGGAAGCAGAGUUGUGGGAGCCCAGCGAAAUGGAGUUUCGGCCCGGCCAAGGCGAGCCACUCCGCCGCCGCCGCGGUGCCAGCGGCUCCCGCGCGGAAGAUCUUCCGAAUCAGCAACUUCCUCGCCUCGCCGCACAAAGUGAGGAAGGCGAAGGAGAAGCGGUACCGGGAGAAGGGCGGCGAGGCGCCGCGGAGCUCCGCCGCUGGUGUGGAGAAAGUGAGCGCUGCUAGCUGCCAUACAAAGACCGAGAACGGCGACGUGAAAAUGCUACAGAGAGAUCAUCGCGUGAAGGAGAAGGACCGAGAGAAGAAAAGGGAGAAAAGCAAAGAGUGGAGAAAUCACAAGCUGCCACCUGUGCAUGACAUUUCCCGAGAAAACGGAGAAGUGGUUUCCCCGCAGAAAGACUCUAAGGAAAAGCGCAAAGCUUGUUCAGAGGAAGACCUACUGCUGAAGAAGCUGAAGAAGAAGAAGAAAAAGAAGCACAAAGAUGGGGAACGAGUGAAAGAGAAGCACAGUCGACCCAAAAUGCAUAACCGCGCCUGUCAGACCGUGUGCUCAGGGGUGUCUCUGGCUCUGCCCGAGUUCCUCACUCAAAUCAAUGGGAACAACAGCAUCAGCAGCAGCAGCAGCCUACUCCACACUGCUCUGCAGCACCAUCAGGACCCUUCUGCUACUGCCGUCUCCAUCUCCUCCAUGGUCAGGGACAGACUCGGCUACAGCUCGCCGCUCCACUGCACCCCGGACCCGGGCCUGCCGGGCCUGGAGUUUGGCCGUCUGAUCCACGUCGAGCAGCAGGCGAACGGGGGUGCGUCUGUGGCGCACGCCUACAGCGAGCAGCUCUGUGCUCUGUCUCCGGCCGAGAUGCAGCGCUUCGCCGACGAGUUUGUGGCCCUGUCGUUCAGCGAGGACGAGGCCCAGGCCGCGUGCUUUGUGAUGGGAAUCAUCCACGGAGCGGCGUCCUACCUCCCAGACUUUCUGGACUACUUCUCCUCCAAGUUCCCCAAUGCGCCGGUGAAGAUGGAGGUGCUCGGGAAGAAGGACAUAGAGACUACAACCAUGGCCAACUUCCACACUCAGGUGAAGCGGACAUACUCCCAGGGAACGUACCGUGCCGGGGCCAUGCGGCAGGUCAGUCUGGUUGGCGCUGUGGACGAGGAGGUGGGGGACUACUUCCCAGAGUUCAUCAGCAUGUUGGAGCAGUCUCCCUUCCUGGAGCGGACGCUACCCUGGGGAACAUUUUCCAGCCUGCGGCUACAGAGCCACACAGAGAGCGACGACGGCCCCAUCAUGUGGGUCAGACCAGGAGAACAGAUGAUCCCUAUGGCAGACAUGCCAAAAUCCCCCUUUAAAAGGAAAAGGUCCACCAAUGAGAUAAAGAACCUGCAGUAUUUACCCAGGGCCAGUGAGCCCCGGGAGAUGCUGUUCGAAGACCGGACGAGAGCCCACGCUGACCACAUUGGUCAGGGGUUCGAGAGACAGACGACAGCCGCUGUAGGUGUGCUGAAAGCUGUGCGUUGUGGAGAGGACAACGACGCUCCUGCCCGGAUCACCAAAGACGUUGUGUGUUUCCAUGCUGGAGACUUCCCUGAUGUGGUAAUGAGGCUACAGCUGGAUCUCCACGAACCUCCAUUGUCUCAGUGUGUACAAUGGAUUGAUGAUGCAAAGCUAAACCAGCUACGGAGGGAAGGGAUCCGAUACGCCCGUAUCCAGCUCUACCACAAUGACAUCUACUUCAUCCCUAGAGGAGUUGUCCACCAGUUCAAGACUGUGUCUGCUGUUUGCAGUCUGGCCUGGCAUAUUCGGCUUAAACAGUAUCACCCUCAAGAAGAAGAAGAGGAGGAGGAGGAGGAGGAGGAAGAGGAGGAGGAUAAGAAGUGUGUGUCAGGAGAACUUGCAGUUCAUAUCAAAGAGGAGGAGGAGGAGUUAGAAGUAAGAAAGCAUGAGCCUGCUGUGCUAACAGGAACUAAACUGGAAGAUGGGAUUGGGGAGGGGUUUCCUUCACAAUCCCCCCCACGGGUUUUCAAGGAGGAGGAAGAGAAUGAGGUAAAGGAAUCAUCAAUGACACUACCUUUAGUUAGGAAGGAGAGACCUGAAGAUGUACUCACACAUACACUAAUGGAGUCUAAGGUUAAGGAAGAUGAAAAUGAAGAUGAGGCAGCGGGAGAAGGGGGUACAGACAUAUGCCAGAGGUUGCAGAUGGGCCAUGGAGAUGGUGGACUGGAAAAUGUAUCGUUAAAGUCACUACAGCAAAUUAGGAAGGUCAAUGAUGUGGAGGAGGAGAGGAAUCACAAGACAAGUCAGUCUGGUCAAGGUCUAAAAGAGAAAACUAAAGAUAGUAUAACAAGCACUUACAACACAGCACAGGUCAAAAAGGAAAAGGACAAAGCAAAAAGAGAAAAAGAUGAAAAAGACAGGCCGAAGGAGAAGAAGGACAAGGACAGAAGUAAAGACAAAGAAAGGGAUAAGAAGGAGAGGGUGAAAGACAGGGAUCGAGAGAAGGACAGGAUAAGGGAGCAGGAGAAAGUUAAGUUUGACAGAGUAAAAGAGGAUAGUAUAUCCUCACAGAUGAGGAAGAGAGAGGACGAAGAUCGGACUAAAGAGGGCAGUAAAGCCUCUCAAACCUCCCUGCCUGCUCAGAGAGAAGAGGAGUGGAGCAAGGAGUGGGACUCAAAGACUCAGCCUCACAUCAAGCGAGAGAGGGAGCAUGAUAAAGACAGGGCAGGGACACACGCUUCGUCCCACUUACUGCCAGACAAAGAGGACGCUCGAGACGCCAAUUCUCAUAAACACAAGUCUUCACACGGGAAAAAAGAGAAGAGCGGGCACAGGGAAGGGAAGGGGAGCAACGCACCGAGCACGCAGGGGGGGCAGGUGAGGGUUGGGAAGGAAGAUGGGAAGCCAGCCACCCCCAAACCCACAAACAUUCAGGUUAGGAAAGAAGCAAAGAAAGAGAAAGACAUCAACAGUAAAGAGGAGAGAAAAAAGCCUGUAUCGGCUCCUGCACCAGCAGAACACAAGCAACCACGGACGCUCAUCACUUUCGACCUCUUUAAGCCGAUGGAGGCUCAUCAAACUCUGGCCCUUUCUUUCUCAGAGAGCAGACCUAAGACCCACCAUCACAGUUCCUCCUCUAAGCCCGGAUCGGACAGUCGGACAGUAAUUCCCUCCAAAGGACCAAAAGUAAAGGACUCUGUGCAGGGGAAACCUGCCGCCCCUCUACAGGACUCUCAGCACUCGCUCAAACAACCCCUGAAACCACACACACCACAAACGCAGAAAGACUUCUUAAUAUGAAUGUCUUGUUGUGGUCUUUUUUUUUUAACUGUACAACUUACGCUGAGGCUUUGUUAAAAUAUUUGAGAACGCUUCCUUCCUUCAGACACGAGCUGCUCUUUCUGAUGGACGAAAGCUAAGCGGAUGCAUUACUCCAGCAGCAUGGUGAAGAGGAUGCACUCUCCAAGUAUAUUAACAGUGCCAAAGAAUGUAAGCUAAGUAGCUCACUUCACGUUUGUUAGUGAAUGUAUGUAGGCUCUAUAUAAGACGUUAUGUGACCCGUGUGUCAGUGCCUGUGCACUACUUAGCUUCGCUCUUAAAGCACCUGUUUUAGGUACUCAACUAGCCAAUCUGAAAACAACCAUAGGAAUCACCCGUAUUCACUGUUUGACACUUGCCUGCGAGCUUCCAAGCUCCUGCUGAAAUUCUCUUUGCCAUGUUGCUUUAGUCGGUGGGGUUUGUUGGUUAUGACACUCCAAAAUCAGAGCAAGUAGUUGUUUUCAGACUGGACUAUGUUUUACUCACACGGGGCUGUAAAUGAUACUGUAUGUACCAAAACUGUACAGUAUAAAUGUUAUUAGCACCAGUGAGAAAAUGUAUACAGAAAUUGCAUAUAUUUUUUGUAAGACAAGUUUUAUUUUCCAUAGAACUUAUUUAUAUCAUUUACUGUCUGUUUUUAUUUGAACCAAUGUAUGUGAAAAUUUUGUUGUAAAUACAUAUUAUUUCUUAAGAUAAGACUUGGUAGUGUGAUUUAUACUCUGAUCGGAACCUCUCAAUAAAUGGUUCAAACAUAA